AUGUAAUAUUUAAAAAUUAUUGGUGAUUAUUGUACUUUUCAUGCUCACUAACUUGAGACCUCAGAAAGCUCAAAUCAUGCAUGUGGAUCUUCUUUAAAUUCAAACUCUUUUGAGGUUGAACUGAUGGCAAGAAGAAUUUUCCCAAAUUAAUAGGCUGCAUAGCUACAGCAUCCAUUGAUGUUCUCUGUCUUGGAAGUGCAGCAUCUUACAAGAAGAGUUGACACCAUGAAUGCUUUUCGCCGUCUCUUCACCAAUGGCCGUCGAAAUGAAGUUGCACCUGCUCAAUUAUCCAGUGUAUCAGAUUUGGAUGAAAAUUUUGCUGGACCCACGGAAGUUUGUUGUGAAAAAACAGCCUUGAUCAACCAGCAGGGGCAGCUGUGUUCUGUAUUGAAAGUCCGUUAUGUGGUCACCACCAUUGAUCAUGUUCCAUUUCUGGUACCCAUUGAAAGCCAAGCUGUUAACAAAUGGCAAUUGAAUCAUUUCAUUUGGGCUAACAACACCCUGACCUUACAUACAAGUUUUCCAGAUGGAACCUUGUUGAACUUUGAUGCCGUGAGAGCCUCAGAAUCCUCUGGCUAUCAAAUACUCUUUAUGUGGAUUGACUCAAAGCCUGAAGAAAUUCCAUUGCCUUUGAAUGAGUCUGCAUUGCUUUUGAGCUGUCAGCUCCCGGCAUCAUGCCAAUUUCAACCCAGUUCUGAGUCCACAUGUAUAACUUUAAACAAAGAAACACAUGUUCUAUCUACUCCCACUCAUUACUGGUCUUCUGGAUCUUAUCAUCCACUCGACCAACUUGAUUCUAAGGAUUCUCUCAAUAUCGUUGUUAUUGAAAUCCUGGAAGAAUGCGAUGGGAUUUUCAAACAUUCCUUGUUGCCAUUACUAUCUACGGAUGUUUCAGAACACAUGAAAACUUUAAAAUCGAUGCAGAUAAUUAGAAUUAUUAAUGGCUCUGUUCUGCCUUCAAAAGACCAUCAAUGUCUUGUCUUUGAUGCACACGUGAAGCGCGAUGGCUGUCGGUGGCUGUACAGUCACUGGGGCAAGGAGACCGUCUUGACUACGUGCUAUGAGUUUUGCUCUGUUCUUUCACACACAGAUCAUGUGGCCCAUGUGCUUCUUUGUCCAGGUGGUGGGAAGAGUUUUGCUUGCCUCAUUGGUGGUCAACCGAAACUUGGAACGGCGGUAGAAGGAAAAUUUCAUCCAGCCUCUGAGAGCAUGCCUAAGUACAGUAUUGAAUACACUCCAGAUGUCAAUGCUAAUCGAUCUAGCACUGGAUUGAAAAUUGAUAGCAAUGCCAUUGAGUCCUCAACAAUGCAUGUAGCGCAAGUAGAAGUCAAAGCCUUGGUAACCACGAGUGUCGAAAAUGAAGCUUCCGAUUCUAUGGACAAAACUGAGGCAAAAGUUGAAACAGUGGCUGCAAACUUGAUUCCCGACAAUUUUGGUGGAAAAGAACAUGUAGACACGGACUCUCUUCAAGAGGAAUGCAGAGAUGACGAUAAGAAACUAACUUCUGAAGUCAUUGUUGCAAGUAACAGUUCUGGCGUUACAAUUUGGAACACAGUAAUAACUCGUACCAAUGAGAGUCCCGUUGCUGAGAAUUUGUUUGAAAUGAAUGACAUAUUAAUAGAGCACUGUGAGAAAUCUCAGGUUUCUCACAAAGCUGUUCUUGCUAAUGAUGAGGAAAGGCCUGUGACUGUAGUUGCUCUCGAGAAUGUUGCUGCUCAAGUUGUGUCUGAUGACGACGAUUAUCGCAGUAUUGGGUACACGAGUGCCAGUGAAGAGAGUCAGGCCGAUUAUGUCGAUGCAUUUCUUGACCAUGAUAUCCUGACAAAUAAAAAAACAGAAAACGUCACGGCUGUGACACAAGAAGAAAUUUCUUGCAUUCCUGUCUCUGCUGACAUAAAAAACUUGUUAUUAACUGAUGAGAGUUUGGUGAGUGUCUUAAAAUCUGAUGAUAUUGUCACAAACAAUGAGGGCAACAAUCGUCCAAUGAGUGAUGAAGACGAUUCUUCUGAAGCUGCCGACGAAGAGAUUUCGUUAACAAUCGACAGCUUUGCUGUGACUGAAGAAAUGGCAGCGUCUCCUUCAUUGAAUCCAUCAUCUGAUGAGGAGACGAAGAAAUUGGCAGCAUCUCCCUCGUUGGAUCUUUUGAUAUCUGAUGAGACAAAGGAAUUGACAGCAUCUUCUUCAUUUAACCGUUUAUCAUUUGAUUCAGAGAAUAAAGGAUCCUCUUCUAGUAACCAGAUAGUAGAGGCUCAAACAAGCUGCAAGGAAGAGGGCACUGAAAAGUGCUGUGCACCGCCGUCCACCCCUGGAAUUGAAACGCCAAUCAAUGACACUCUUGGUCUUCACAAAGAACUUGAAAGUGACCACCUUUCAAGUGAUCUUGAAUCGAUAAAAAUUGAAAUUGACCCAAGUGCAACCCAUACUGAAUUUUCUUCCUUAUUAGACCUAUUUCGUAGAAUUGGUGACGUUAUUCAUUCAGAUUCGGUUGUCAAUUGUCUUGACGGAAUUUACGAGGAUUUAAUGAAGCGCUGCACUCCUCCAAUCUGUGUUGGGGCAAACUUUGCUUGUGACAGUGGAGAUACAAUUUACGUGGCUCCCAAUUGCAGAGAAUUUCGUGGAUAUGUUGUUGCAGACGAUGUGUUCAUGGUGGCCCAUGGUACCCGGCAUGCACUUGUGAAGUGUAAAUUACAAAAUUUGUAUUUAGUGCUUCCAGUUGACCAGUUUCUCACUCUGCCGCUCAUGGAAAGAAUCAGCGUCCUCUACAGCGUUGCCAGCAUCUCGCUUAUUGCUGGUGUUAAAGUCGCGUAUGGUUUGAAGGCAUGGAAUGUUGAUAGCCCCCCAGUGCUGUUGCAUCAUUCUUGUGACAUGCACAAUCUCUGUAUUGGUGUCAGCGAUGGUUUAAGUUACCUCUCUACUUACUCAUCUGUCAACCAAGGAGUUCCUUUGCCUGCAUGCACGCGGGGCACAAACAUUAUACCGCCUCUCAACCAAAGUCUCCUCGCUCAGCUGAGUUUCUCGGUGGUUCCAGCUCGCAUUGUUGCCUUCCAGUGGAAGCUCCUGCAUGUUGUUGUCGAGUCAUUCCGAGAAUCUGAGCACUAUUCUUGCCAGGCAGAUGUGGUAUUCUUCCAGAGAGUGAAGAGGAACAUGCAGAGAAUUUUAGAAGGUCAGUGGAUCAACACUAACGUUUUCGCCGUACUGUUGGGCAACGAACUGAUGUGCGUUUAUGAUGAACUGCCUCCUAAUAGUUGCAUUCAUUACUGCUCUGAACAUCGACCUACCGUGUUGCAUAGCUCUGAAGUUGUAAAUAUUAAUGAAAAUCUAACUGAUGUGCCAGAGAAUCGCGUCUCUGAAGCUUUGUCACCUUCACCCGAAGUUGCAGAUGACGAAUCUGAUCUUAGUGAGUUCAGUGCUGAUUCUACUGAUAUCAAAGAGGAUGUUCAAGAUAGCUCAGAGAUACCCUUCUGUUCUUCUACAUCUUCAAAUUCGGAAGCUGACGACGCUGAUGGGUAUACAGAGGAAAAAAAAUUGCAAACGGAGAAUUCUGAUCUUACUUGUGGCAGCGAGGUGGAUAAUAUAAAUUUGGGCCAAUCGCAGAACGUCGUGACGAACUCGCAUCAAAAAGUUCAUCUAAACCAAGGAGGAGAAACCAAACAGACGAUCAAAAUCUCUGUUUCGCCUUCGCAAUCUACUGAAUCUUAUAACGUGGAAAAUGCAGAAAGCGUUCUUCAGAUAGAAAAUUCAGAAGGCAAGUCCGCUGAAACUCCUGUGGGACGUGCGUCGCUACGAUACGUAGCGUCGGUGCUUUGCGACGAUGACUCUGUAAUUACAGUGAAGAGUUCAGUUUUGUUGAGUGGCCUCACCGGAGACAACCUGGACAAAAAUUCUAAGGUUCAACAUCAACGUUCGAACCUUUCAGUGUGCCGCCCACCUGAUUGUGCAGAAGCCAACUUGUCUCUGACUAAACGUGCCGAUAAAGUGAACGUUGCAGGCGCUGGUAAUAGUCCUAACUCAUGCAUUUCUCCUCUCUCUGCAGCACAUAGUGAUGAUGUCCGACUUCAAACCGCCCUCAUUUCAACCCCCAAAGCAAAGAAAAAGGGCGCGAAGAAUAGCCUUGAGCAUUUUGUUUGUCCACUGCAGUCUGAAAACUUGAGGUGCAAUUGCGCGUUUCUCAAAGCGGCCUCCUGCAAAAUAAUUCUUCCGCUCAUGAAUCUUUACGACGCUGAUUGCGUACUGAAUGAACUUCUGUCUUUACCACAAAAUAAAUUUCCCCUGAACACGAUUUGCGUUCAGCUAGAAAAACCACUUUUUCUGAAUGCUCGCCUCAUUACGCAUGUCGCUGUGCUGGCAUAUAGAGGAAACAGGCCUUCGUGUGCAACCGCAGUGACAAGCCAGUGGUGCGACAGAGAGUUCCUUCUGCAUCGAGAGCUUUUUGAAAUGCUUGCAUUAUAUGCUUGUGAUGAUCGCCAAGAGCUCAUAGUUCGGGGGAAAAUUGUGAUGCUAGUGCAAGGCUCCGGUGUACUGCGGUUCACCAUUGUUCCUAAUGGUUCUGUUCACUACGCUUCGUUCACCUCCGGUUCUGUGCGGUACGCCACCGAGUGUAUGAAUGGGAGUUCAUUCGUGUCACUAAAAGACUGCUUCAUGGAAACCUGCCUCGCCUCCAUCAAAUUGGACAAAUCUAAGCCGCCGGGCUCCGAGUUCAGAUUUUUGAGCUCUAAAAUUAUGAUUGGUUCUGUUGAGCAGCUUGAGGCUAAAGUCAGUGACAUUUCUGAUAUGAUCUCAUUAAAACAUGUGCUACCGCAGCAAGUAAGAAAAGAAGAACCUCCCGAUUGUGCUCAUGAAAUCUCGAAUAUCGUUUGGAAAAAAGAAAUUGAUCAACUGGUUGGCAAGACUAUUGAGAUGUCGUCCCCUGCUUCUAUUCCAUCCGAUUCUGCUCGUCAGUUCAACAGUGUAUUCAAAAAUAAUGGAUUCCUUAGGCUAGUUGAUGUGGCUGCUGAGUAUGCAAUCCUUGCCUGUGAAGAUAACUCUUUAGUGAUCAUGCCUCACUCUAACUUUCUUGAUGCCCUCACGUAUAGCGCUGAGAAGUGCUAUGAAAUGCUGAACGACUGCAAAGGUGGGAUUCUCUGUGGUAGUUUAUUGUCCAUAAGGAAUCCUCUCAAAGUUGGCAAGUACUCCGUCUCUCAUUUUGCUUUGGUUGUGUACGGCGACACUUCCCAUCAUGCGGAUAUUCGUAAAGCUUUCGAGACAAAGAGGCGCCCAGUAGCGACUGUGGAGGCGAAAGAUGUGGAAGAAUUGCUCAAAAAUCUACGCGUGCCUGUGAGUGAACGGCAAAAUAUACUGGUCAAGGCUACUGUUCUUGACGCAACGGACUGCGACGGCAUUAUGAGUUUCAUGGAUUAUCAGUGUCGUGUUCAGUACGCAGGCGUCUCCCUGAGAAAUCUCUCCCACAACGCAGAUGAAGAAUCCACCGACAAUGAGCUUGGUUUGCAAUCUCUGCGUGCUCUUUUCGGAAAAACUUUAGACGCGAUUGUCGUUUACAGGAGCUGGUUGCUGAUAAAAAGCUACGACACGCGUGAACUACUCGUCCGCACAUCAAAGUCUACUGGUUCGGAACGCGUUCUGCAUGCUCCUAAUCAGGCUCAAAGAUGUACAGAAGGACACUACGAGAAAGCAACCGCCGAGCCAGGUGUAUCAUCGAAAAUUCCUGAAGCCGAAGUAGAUGAGAGGAUUGUUUCAAAGGGCAUAAGUUCUACUUCGACUGUCUCUAUUGCCGCCUUUCCUACCCAAAAUCACUCGGAAAAUAAUAAUAGUCCUGAAACAAAUAACUUGCUUUCCAGCGAGUCUGCAGCUUCUAAUGAAGUAAAUACGGAGCAGGAAAGUGUUUCCGACAUUCAACCUGCCCGCUCGGUCUACAAAAAUACAGAUCAAAAUAAACCUCUAGAGGUACUAAAUUUAACCGCAAAUAAUAAUCUCGACAUUCAAGAAACUUGUAGAAAUGCAAAGGCUACAGUCCCAAAAUUCUCGGCUCAGAAGCCCACUGUUGCUCCCGAGUCACAAGCAGUUGCAACAAAUGCCUGUUCUGUACUGGCAAAAAAUAAAAAUGUUACUAAAUCUGCCUUGUCUACCAAUGCGUCAAGUAAAAGCUGUUCAGUAGAUCCCCGUGAAGUGGUAAAGAUGAUAUUCAUCUCCUCAGUUGACAGUGCUCUGAAGAACUUGGAAGAACUCAAUGUGGACGAAUGCUUGCAUGGGCAUAAGCCAAAUCCUACAAAAUUGAAGCACUAUGUCGCCAGAAUAGGAGAAUUUUUUGAUGACGCUGUGCUCUUUGUAACCAAAGUUCGAAACAUAAUACUGCCCUACAAUAAGUAUUAUUCUAAAAGACCUCUAGAACACGCGUUGCAAACUAGCUGCUUAUCUCUGAUGUGUAUCAAUCUGCCGCAAAUGUUACGCAUUGGCCACAUCGAAACCAACUCUUUCGCAUUCUUUGCCCAUUUCGAUAAGAAACCCCCUUGUGUCAAAGUUCUGGAACAGUUCUUGAGCAUGGAGACAAAUGAAAAUCUUCAGAAGCUGGCCAUCGAAGCUUGCCUCAGAAUUUCUUUGGUCAAUUCUGUCCCGAACAAAAAGUUACCUAAAAAGGCACUACCCGCGUCAUCGCAGAGCUCUGUUCAGACACCGACGCCAGGCAAGCCAAGAGUUCUUUCGCCACUGCCCGAUUCGAACAUAUCCGGUCGGCCUCCUUCGAAACCAAAAGUAAAGAACUCAGAUUCUAAAAGUCAAACCAAUUCAGCUUUGGUUCAUGUUAAAUCGUUGAAUCAAAAUUCGAACGUUAAUGGAACAAGAAAUAAAAAGCCUUCUAGUACUUCGCAAAGCUCUUCUCCUCAGCACAAAGGUUACGCUUCUACUGGAGCAUCGAUGCCGAACGUCUUCGAUCAAUGGCUUCCUGCGAGCGCCAAAGUUAGAAAAUCUUCAAGCACUAAUUCCCUUUCAAAAGCAUCUUCCUUGAACGUUACUCAACAUUCUGUCUCAGCUGUAACCUCUCCCUCCAAACAUAAAACUGGUAACAAUGGUGAUCCUCAACUCAAGCGUACACCCGUUGCUGCUGAUCUUCACUCAAGAAGCAACGCCUCUACUCCGAAACACAAGCCAAAUGCAGGUACUAAUUCACCGGCUAAAAGCAAAUCCAUCUUUCCCGCCAAAUCCCGCACCGCUGCUGUAUUCCUCAAAACUCCUUGCGCAGGAGCCUCGGAAACAACCAUCUAUGAUAAAUCCACCACAGCCCUUGCCGUUUCAGCGACCAAAACCAACUCUGAUGUUUUUAAACAUUUUAGUCCUCCGAUGAAUAUGAAACAUUCCACACCUGCUGCUGUUCCGUCCUCAUCCGCCUCGACUGAGUCUCUGUCGCUGCUCGCGUCUCUUGGCACUCAACAAUAUAGUGCGGCCUUCAGUGCAUCAAAAACUCUCUAUAGCGGUGUAUUGAAAGACGUGUUCUCUGGCUUUGGUCGAAUUGAAACGAACGAAAAAGCUUUAUUGAUGUUCAAACCUAAGCAGUGCUAUCUCUACGGAGUGUCUUUGGAUGGUCUUGAGCUCUGGCACGUAUUGAUUCAAGGUUUGUCGGUGCGUUACUCGCUGCGUGCGAGCGAUGACAUGGGCUCGUCCCUGACUGUGUCGCGGGUGUACGUCGGGGAAGCAGACGUGAGCAACACGCCGCUGCUGAUCUUGCAGCAGCGCAUCUGCGACUGGUGCGAGCAGAACUGCGUCAGCGCCUCCGACACCAGGCUGCUUAUUUCCCGCACAACGCAGUUGAAGCAAGACGAAGCUGCCGAGUAAUUGUUCCUGACAACACAAGUUGGUGCAGCGAGGCGUGUUGCCGCUAAGUAUUAUCGUUUGAGCAGACAAAUGCGUCUCUGUGAAGCCACCCUUAUUGGACAAUUGCGUGGUGCAAGCUCUCGCUGCGAAUGUUUUGUAAAAUCGUACUGAACGUAAGAACUCUGCCCCGCGUUGCCUUGCUAUUAUACGCACCUAUUUUUUGCGACUAUCUCGGCACAUUUUUUCGAAGUUAUCUCAAGUAUUUUCUGUCAAUUCCAUAACAUGGAAUUGGAACUGGAACUGGACUGGAGAUUAGUACAAGUUGUUUCCUCAGUGUCGUUUCCUCUGAGGUUGUAGGCUAAGUUUACGCUCAUGAAAUGUAGCGUGUAUGAUAUAUACACCCCCAAAUGCCUCAUUAUAAUACACUCGGUUAUACUGCGCCCAUCACCUGCAGUUUUAGGCUUUUCAACGUGAUGUCGUCCGAUGUCACAGAAAAUGCCUCAACAAACUGCGCAGUCUGCCAGUAAAGUCCUGCCUAAUUAAGUGAUAGAUAUUAAGUCUUACAAAAAUGUGAUUUUAUGGCUGUUUAUAUUCUAAUGGUAGAGAAACAAUUUGUGAAGCGUGUUUGUAAACGAAUGACGAUCUGUCCAAUUGAUCAUCGCUGUUAUGAGUUUUGAUUUUCCGGCGAUUAGAGCAUUUUUAGCCACAAUGCCUGAUACUCCAGAACAAGAUUUCCCAUUAAUUGCACCUAUGAUCUUCUCAACAUUCUAAAGUCUAAGCCCAAGCUCUAGUAGUAUUGGUGAUGAUGCGUGUAUCAGUUCCUUGCCUCACUAGUGGCUUAACUGUCAACCGACUCUUCGUGGCUGUUUUGUAUAUAUAUGAAUAAUCCGUGAUUUUAUUCAUCACAAGGUUUGGACUUAGUGGAAAUAUAUUAAUUUUAAAACUUGGAUUUGCUGAUAACUACGCUUUAUUUGGUACAAGACCCAUUUUUAUUUGCUUUGAAUUAAGCUUUAUUUGAUACUUGACCUGCUUUUUUCUGUAAGCAACGCUUUUUUUGUAUACGUUCUAUUUUUAAAGACUGAAAUUGUUUCGAUAUUGUGGGUAGGCGCAAGUUUAUUGGAAACUUUGUACUUAACUUUCAAUAAAGGAACACUAACUGCUUGUUUGAUCAAGUAUUUAUUCUGAUGAUUAAUUUUCAUUUUUUUUUCAUGUAUUCUCGCCUUUAAUCAAAUCUCUUGCUUGAAGUAUUAGUUAAGAAAUGUAUUCUUUCUGAUUAUUGUUCAUUGAAUGAUCACAUUAGUUAGAAGUUGGAUCAUAUUCCACCAGUUUUUAUUAGUAGAGAAGUUGGUGCAUUGAGCAGUAGUGCUGAGGCAGUGCGCUGACAGUUGAACACUACUUGAUUUGCCUCAUGGUAUGUACAUCAUCUGCUUGUAUUGUCACCUUAUUACACUGACUGUACUACAGUCUACAUGUAUCCGUGAUUUACACCAUGUAUUAUUAUCACUUAGUUUGAAGAACUUAAAUGAAACAAUGAUUCUCGUUA